UUCUUUUUGAAAUGAGUGAAAAAUACAACCAACCACGUCAGAAUCUUAAACAAUAAAAAAUUCCAUUCAAUACCCUAAUCUCUGAUGAUCCAUCCCAAUUCCCAAACUCCCUUAUAAAAAGAACCUUCCUAUUUCCAUCCAUUUCUCGCCUACUUCUCCUUCACUUCACAUUACAUAAACUCAAGACCUCUCCCCUUCUUCAUCUUCCCCAUCAAUAAAAUCAAUCCUGAAAACCCUAAUUUCCGACCCAAAUCUGCAUGGUAAUUUCCCCUCACAUUUAAACUCUUUCCCACAACCCCCAUUUCUUAGAUCUUGAUUUUUGAUCAUCAAUCAAUCAUCCUUCUCCUGAAGUCGGCGUGGGAAAAUCACAGUUUUUUGAUUUAGAACUUGGGUUCCCAUCCUCCAUUGUUCUUUCCUUCGCUUGCUUCGUUUGAGGGGGUAGCCGGGGCCACGGCCUCGGCGGGUUCUUAAGCCCCCAUCUAUUACACCAUAUUAAUUUACGAAAAUUAAAUAAAAAUUCCUCUCUUAUUCAUUUUUUCCCCACCUCAAAAUAAGCCUCCUCCUGAAAAUCUUGAAUUCAGUAACUUUUUAGAUUAGUUUUUAAUUUUUUUUCAAAAACAGAUCGGAAGGGGAAGAUAGAAGAUGCCGGCUUGUAUCAUCGAACCCUUCGCUGCUCCUCCUCCUGGUUUCAUUUCUGCUGAUCAUCUCUCUCUUCCCCUCCGGGACAUGAUUCCUUCGACCGAUUCUGUUAUCACCACCACCAUUGAUGGGUGGGACCCAUCUGAGUCAUCGUCGAUUUAUCGACUUGAUAAAUGGGGCCCACCUUAUUUUUCUGUCAACUCCUCUGGGAAUGUAAUAAUCAAGCCAUUUGGUGAUGAUACUCUCCCCCACCAAGAAAUCGAACUUUUGAAGGUGGUUAAGAAAGUUUCCGACCCGAAAAUUAAUGGCGGGUUGGGGCUUCAAUUACCGCUUAUUGUUCGGUUCCCUGAUGUUCUUAAACACCGCCUUGAAUCCCUUCAAUCGGCUUUUGAUUUUGCGGUGAAAUCUCAUGGGUAUGGAUCACAUUAUCAGGGUGUUUACCCGGUUAAAUGCAAUCAAGAUCGGUUUGUGGUUGAGGAUAUUGUGAAAUUUGGAUCUGGGUUUCGGUUUGGACUUGAAGCUGGAUCCAAACCCGAGCUUUUACUUGCUAUGAGUUGUCUCUGUAAGGGUCAUCCUGACGCUUUUCUGGUAUGUAAUGGAUUCAAAGAUUCGGAGUAUAUUUCUCUUGCAAUUGUUGCUCGAAAGCUUGCUAUCAAUACUGUUAUUGUUCUUGAGCAAGAAGAGGAGGUUAAUUUGGUGAUUAAAUUGAGUCGAUUGCUGGGUAUUCGCCCUGUUAUUGGGGUUCGUGCUAAGUUGAGAACAAAGCAUUCCGGUCAUUUCGGAUCUACUUCAGGUGAGAAAGGGAAAUUCGGGCUAACAACGGCUCAGAUUCUUCGAGUUGUUGAUAAACUUAAUAAAGUUGGGAUGUUGGAUUGUCUUCAACUACUGCAUUUUCAUAUUGGAUCUCAAAUUCCUUCAAUUGAGCUUUUAUCCGACGGUGUUUCAGAAGGUGCUCAAAUUUACUGUGAAUUGACCCGUCUUGGUGCUUUUAUGCGGGUCAUUGAUAUCGGUGGUGGACUUGGUAUUGAUUAUGAUGGGUCGAAAUCUACCGAAUCCGAUAUUUCCGUGGGUUACACAUUGAAUGAGUAUGCUUCUGCUGUUGUUAGAGCUGUUCAAGUUGUGUGUGAUCGGAAAGGGAUGAACCACCCAAUUAUCUGUAGUGAGAGUGGCAGGGCGAUUGUGUCCCACCACUCGAUACUUGUUUUUGAGGCGGUUUCUACCACCGCUUCAAGUGGUUCUCCAAGGAUUACGUCGUCUGAAGCAAAUUAUCUGGUUGAGGAGUUGUUUGGGGAGGCUCUUGAAGCUUAUGAGAAUAUGCAGGAUUCAGCAAAGGUCGGAAAUUACGAAUCUUGUUUAUUGUAUGCUGAUCAAAUGAAGGGACAUUGUAUUGAGCAAUUUAAAGAUGGGUAUAUAGGAAUGGAGCAGCUUGCAGCAGUUGAUGAGCUAUGCGAAAAGGUAUCGAAAGUACUUGGUGCGGUUGAUCCGGUGAGCACAUACCAUGUGAAUUUGUCAAUUUUCACUUCAAUUCCUGAUUUUUGGGGGAUCGGGCAGUUGUUUCCAUUAAUGCCAAUUCAUAAGCUUGAUCAAAAACCUGGGGUUAGAGGAAUUUUAUCUGAUUUAACAUGUGAUAGUGAUGGUAAGAUUGAUAAGUUUAUUGGAGGUGAAUCUAGUUUACCUCUUCAUGAUUUGAGGAGAGAAAAUGGUGGAUAUGGUGGUGAUAAUGAUGGUUAUUAUCUGGGUAUGUUUUUGGGCGGGGCUUAUGAGGAGGCACUCGGGGGAGUCCACAACUUGUUCGGAGGCCCGAGUGUUGUUCGGGUCUUGCAGAGCGAAGGACCCCACAGCUUUGCUGUUACGCAGGCUGUGCCGGGUCCAUCUAAUGGGGAUGUCCUCCGGGUGAUGCAGCACGAGCCUGAGCUCAUGUUUCAGACUCUCAAGCACCGGGCUGAGGAGUGCCUCGACCAUAACGAGGAUGACAUUGCCACCCUUGCCAAUGGGCUGGCUCGUUCCUUCAAUAAUAUGCCGUACCUCAUGGAGGAUCCCACAGCUCUGUCUUGCGGCUUCAUCAACAGCAACAAUAUCAGUGGGUAUCAUCAUCAUCCUUACCAUUUUGGUACGGAGGCUAGCUGCAAUGUCAGUGCUGUUGAAGUCGUCAAGGGUGAGGAUGAGCAGUGGCCUUUUGUCUAUGCUUGAGAGAUGGGUAUCGUAUCAUCAUCCCAGUAAUGCCAUCUAAGUUAUUGGUUUUAGUUUCGUCGUUGAAGUCAUUGUCAUCUGUUUUUUAACUAGUUACUAUUUCAUCUUUAGCAUUUACAUUCUCAUGGCAUUAGACAUAGUUUAAGUUCUAAGAAGCAAGUCCUGUAUUCUUGCGUUUUUUAGGAGGAUGGAAGGGUUAUUUGAGCUUCUUAGGAUUGAAGUUUAUCUUUGUAAACAAACAGCCUGAGGGUCCUUGUUCCCUUCCUCAUGUCAUGUCAUUGUUAUUAGACUUAUGUUCUUCAGAAUUUCAAGUGAA